CACCACUGAGCUGCAGUAUUAAUUUCACAAUGCCGUAUCCAUGAACAAUCUUUGAAUAUGUUAUAUCAGUCCCGUUACACGUGUUUUGACUUUUUAUUUUUAGUUCUGAUCACACAAACAUUAUGUCAUAGACAUAGACACAAACACGCACAUGUAUUGACAAUUGAGGGUAAAAUCGUGGGAGGUAAGGCGGUCCCUAUAGAGAGGUUCCCUCAUAUGGCUCAGUUGCUGAAUGGGGGGGCGCUGUGUGCUGGCACCAUCCUAUCGAGCUGGGCAAUCAUGACUGCGGCGCAUUGCUUCGAAUUUAACCAGGACAUAGACGAUAUGGAAAUUCACGUAGGAGCCAGAUAUACAUACGACUCGAAUGCUGAAGUGUAUGAUAUAUGGUAUUUCAUCAUACAUGAGGACUAUAGUAAGGUCAUGCCUUUUUCAUGCGAUAUCGCACUUAUAUUUGUGAAACAACCUAUCAAAUUCUCCGUUAAGACAAAAAAGGCCGUUAUUGCAAACUCAGACAAAUGGAUGGUGCAGGGUGCAACCCACUUCUCAGCUACGGGAUGGGGCUGGAUAAAAUACAAUGGUCCGCUCUCCAGCCACGGCUUGAUGACGACUAGUCUACGCUACGUGCCAUUAGACAAAUGCGGCCAGUUACACAACCUUACCAUGUCCGAGGAUAUGUUCUGCUUGUAUGGAAACGGAAAAUAUGACACAUGCAAGGGGGACUCCGGCGGCGGCGUGGAAUGGAAUGGGAUGGUGGUUGGAAUUGUAUCGCACGGUGAUGGCUGCGCUCAAAAAGACAAGCCCAGCGUGUAUGCCAACGUUUGGUACCUCAGAAGCUGGGUACAGAAAAAACUGUUUGAAUUUCAAAAUGUGUUUUGCAACAGAUCGAUUACUGACGGAAUCAGGACGGAAAACACAACUAUUCGAAGGUGUAACAUAAAAUAAACUCAAGGUACCUAAUUCUCUAAUAAAUCAAGUUUAUUUUCUUAAAUAAAUCCGACCAUCAUUUAGUAACUUGGAUUCGCGAUGGCACGGAAGAAGCACAAUUAAACCACAAGAAAUCAUGUUUCAAUAAUUAAUCCAGGAAUUCACCACUGAUGAACUAGCAUUUCAUAUUUCAAAAUCAUUUUAGUGUGGAACGUAGUAAUUCCGUAUGAAAUACUAUAAGGUACUUUAACUAAGUAUCUUAUUCUGUAACUUUACCUAUUUUCCGACCACACUGAUUAGGUGCGCGUACACAUAUCUCGGUUGCACUUAUAGCAAACGUGUUAUUGUAGCAGUAAAACAUGCAUAGAUCUUAAUAUGUUAUAUAUUUUAUAUAUGCACAUAACCAGUUAAUUACUGUUACACGUUUUGAGAUAAUUAGUAUUAAAUAAAUUGUGUAGUUGGCUGGAGUAAGAAUUCCAGGCUUGCUUUAUACAUUAAGCUCGGAUAAUUCAGGCCAAAAAUUGUACCCAAUCAAUUUGAAGUAAUCCAAACUUGGGAUAUGAAAUUAUACUAGUGGCUCUGUGAGCUGUAGACCUCGCGAGCAGAGCUUGAAAUAACAUGGUGCUAAGAGCUUUAAAUACACCGUGUUUUUUUUGAUUUCCGUUAAUUUCAAGGGUGCAUUCCUGAGCUUAAAUCAAGUAACUUUCUCAAAGACACCGAUGUUCUAAUUAAGUCCAUUUCGGAGAUAAUCCAUAAUUUAUUUUUUUACUAUAAGGCCUCUACAAGCGUGUACACUUGCCUUAGGGCCGGCUUACAUAUUGAUUAGUGUUUAGAAUGAGUUCAUACAUUUGCUACUAAACUUAAGUACAAUCUCGGUCGAUUGAUGUACGAAAUGACAUUGAUAUGUCACAGAUUUCAAUUGUUUGGUUGAGUUAAAUGUAAUGCCCGUGUUACAACAACGCUAUAUGCUACAUUUAAUUACUUUUUAAACAAAAAAAAAACAAAAAAGAAAACAAAAAAAAAUUUUUUUUUUGAAAAUUAACUAUGCCAUUUAGUUCUUAUAAACGUACUUAACUAUACCCCGAAGUUAACGGAAUUCAAUAAAAACACGGUGUAUAGUAAAUUAAAGAAAAACAAUACGAAAUUUAUGUGUAAAAAAAUACAAAAGUUAUAAUAUCCCAGCAUACAAUUACUGGGGAUCGAACCCAGACCCUCUGUGCAAACAGAAAAAGCGAACGUUUACAAACUGAGCCAAACAGUUCUUAGGUGGGUUGACGAAAUUUAGCUACUCCUUCUCAAAUUAAAAUUAGUUAAAAUUAAAUAUCUAAAUACCGCCUAAACCAGCGAUAAUUUUUUUCUGCAUUUUUUGCUAUUAACUCUGUAAACAUGUUUCAAAAAGAAAAAAGUCUUAUGAUAUCGAUACGACUAUUUGUUUAGGCGCCAGGUAUCACGACUCCGCCAUUUUUAAAAAUUUCCAAAAACCGGAUUGACAAAAAAAUUUUAUUUAGUCAUAAAAUUCGGUCACAAAAUUUCACGAGAAUCGGUUAAGAAUUGCGACCUGUAGAGGAGAACAUCCGGACAUACGAAAGCAAAAUGCCCGAGUCAAAACGUAGACCUUCGCUUCGCUUCGGUCAACAAAUAGGUAACUUGCAAUUUAAAUUUACGAUUACAGAAAAUAUACGCAACUGGAAUUUGUUAUAAUUUAAUAGUAAACAAUAAGUAUUUGUUUUUGUCGUGAGAAGUAUUAUUUCAUUCCAACUCUU